ACUCAUCCGGGCUCUGUGUUUGAUGAAAAUUUCAUGGUGGAAUUCCAUUUCUCAAAUGAAAGGUUCUGUAAAGACCAGCGAGCUUGAUUCGAACGCAAAAUCAGUGCGUUUGUUUUAGUAAGAAUUUCAACUAAUAAUCGCCGUUGUUUAUAUUGGGGGACUGAACAUUUAGAUCCAAUGGCUGCUAUAAGAAAGAAGCUGGUUGUCGUCGGGGAUGGUGCAUGUGGGAAAACAUGCCUGCUCAUCGUGUUCAGCAAAGACGAGUUCCCAGAAGUUUAUGUGCCCACCGUUUUCGAGAACUAUGUAGCAGAUAUCGAGGUGGACAGCAAGCAAGUGGAAUUGGCACUGUGGGAUACCGCGGGGCAGGAAGAUUACGACCGGCUCCGUCCUCUGUCCUACCCGGACACUGACGUGAUUCUCAUGUGCUUUUCCGUUGACAGUCCGGACUCAUUGGAAAACAUCCCCGAGAAAUGGGUUCCAGAAGUUAAGCACUUCUGCCCCAACGUGCCGAUUAUAUUAGUGGCAAAUAAGAAGGACUUGCGAAAUGAUGAGAACGUAAGAAACGAGCUGGCCAGGAUGAAACAGGAGCCGGUUAAGAUCGAGGAUGGCCGGGCCAUGGCCGUACGGAUCAGCGCGUAUGAUUACAUGGAGUGUUCGGCGAAAACGAAGGAUGGCGUUCGCGAGGUUUUCGAGACGGCCACGCGGGCUGCGCUGCAGAAGAGGUCCAGACCGUCUGGAGGCUGUGCCAAAUGCUGUAACUUGUUGUGAGAUCAUUUUGUCCUCAUUUCUGAGAGAUAUGGUCUCGUUCAGGCCCUCAAAUGUGCAAAGAGCCUAGACGGGGUUGAUGAGCCUCCUGCCAGAUUUAUUUGGUGUUUGAGCCGAGAGUCUCCCCGUGUGCGAUCCAUUGUCCGGCUGAGAUUGUUUACUGAUGGCCGGCUGUCGUAUAGCACGAAUCUGAUGCUGUGCCACUGCAUUGUAAAUCGCUUUGAGGCAAACUAACGUCUUCACGAAUGAAGAAACCAUAUAAGUGUGAAUGACAUCGCCAGCAGUGAAAUACCUGUGGUUGAACAUCACUUUUCUUUCUUACGUUCAAAACUCACAUUGUUUGAAAACGCAUCAUGGACUGAAAAGUAAUGUUUUUUUAGUCGCUUAAAGGAACCACUAUAAUCGGCAUAAGAGUGCUUAACAUGUAUUAUGUUGUACUGGGUCUCAGUGUAAUGCAAAAGAAAUGUACCUUUUUAACAGUAUUCACCACUGAGUUUGGGCUGUAUUAAUAUUUUGUUUAACACAACCUAAUUAAAGGUCAUGUAUACAUACGUGUCGUUUUACCUCACUAGGUAGUGAUGAUUCUGCAGUCUUUUGUUAAACAAGCCAUAAUAAAACCAUGUUUUAAUUGUU